UGAAAAAUUCUACCAAGUAAUUUAAUACCUUAUAUUUUCCAUUAUCAUAAAAAAGAAAUCUCAUAGAUCAUCCUGAUUCUAAAGUUUAAAAUUUUUAUAAAUUAAUCUAGAUCGUUGGAAUGUGAUAUACAUCUUCUUUUUUGAUAGAUAUACAAGUAUCAAUUUUCCUUGUUACGUAAGGAAAAUAUUUGAAUAUUCCCACCUACGUCGGAAUGACACGAAUAUUUCCGAAGGUUUCCGAUCGAUAAUGGAACUAUUUGUCUACUGCAUGUAAUAUAGCGCGCAGAGUGAAUGCGAACUUGCACAAAGAACUUGUCAUAUACAUUUGUAUAUAACACACCUGUUGGAUGUUCUGACACCUGUUUACAAUCCUAUUAAAUCUUAGAUAUUUAUUUAUACUACAUGGAUGACAUGACAAGUAAAUAAUUAUAUGGUAACAAAGGAUAUUUAUAAUUGUCAUGCAUGCUUCAUACAGUCUUUUAACAGAUAUGGAGCAAACGGAAGUACCUCGAUCACCAGUGAAUAAACCAGAAGAAGGAUUUACAUUUCUACUUACAAUUUUAGAAUUGACAGGAAUCGUUUUUAUUAUUUUAAUGAUAGUAUGGAUUACACAAUUUAAAGGUGGAUUUUCUUGGACAUCUGAUCCAAAUCAUGAAUUUAAUUGGCAUCCUUUAUUAAUGACCAUUGGAUUUGUAUUUCUUUAUGCUAAUGCUAUGCUUAUAUAUAGAAUACAGAGAAACGUUCGAAAAAGGCGACUAAAAUUAAUACAUACUGGAUUGAUGUUGCUUAUUAUUUUAUUGACCAUAAUUGCAUUGAUUGCUGUAUUCGAUAGCCAUAAUUUAAAGAUUCCACCUACACCAAAUAUGUAUACUUUACAUAGCUGGAUAGGAUUAACAAGUGUGAUAUUGUUUUGCUUCCAACUGCUUGCAGGAUUUAUUACUUUUCUUUAUCCUGGCUUACAUGACUCAUUACGGGCAAGUUAUAUGCCAAUACACGUUUACUUUGGUAUAGCAACUUUUAUUGGAAGCAUCGCAACUUGUUUAAUUGGACUUAACGAAAAAGCAAUCUUCUCUAUAAAGGAUUAUGACAAAUUUGUUCCCGAGGCAAUCUUGGUAAACACUAUUGGAAUAUUUUUAAUUAUUUUUGGAGCACUAGCGGUAUAUUUAGUAUCGCAGGGACAAUAUAAGCGUCAACCUAGACCAGAAGACAGCGUUCUGCUGACUAAUAGAAACUAACUGAAGAAUGUUGGCUUAAUGAUGACUACUAAUUGGCUUAUAAAAUAGUAUCCUUAUCUAUGUGCUUGGCUUUAGAAGCUCUUGAUAAGUUUUUAUUGGUCUCAGAUUUUUAAUGUAUUUCUUUUUUUUUUUUCCAGAGUAUUAUCAAUUUUAUAUUUAAUAUUUUUUCAGUUGUUAUACUAAUUAUAUAUUUUUAUUGUUAAUUAUUUUUAAUAUUAAGAGUGAUUCUUCUUGAAAUGGUGCUAUUUUUGAAUUAGUUUCAUUUAGAAAGAAACGCUAAACAAUAACAAUAUAUAUAAAUUUAUUAAACAUUGUAUAAUAUUUAAUUGUAUAAGAUACACAAUGUUUUAUAUUGAUGUUUAUUUUAAAUUAAGACUCAUUGAUGUACAUGUUGUUAACUUAUGAAAUUUACGACUUUGAAUGUUAUUAUACAUAUACAUAUAUAUGUAUGUGUGUGCGUAUAUAUAUACACGCACAUACACAAAUCUUUCGUUUUAUAAUUUAUAUAUAUAUAUAUAUAUCAAUGAUGAAAAAUAAAAAUGUUACUUUGCCGUUAAAGCAAGAUAAA